AUGCCAGAAAAUGAACCAGUUCGUCGAUUCGUGCCAUUACCAACCCAGUUUCUUCAAGAAGAGGAACCAAGCGAUAUUGAUGAUGAUGAUGAACAGAAUGCAGAGUAUAAUCAGCCUUUGGCUCACUUUCAGCAUACUGCUUCACGUUCGGCUUUAACUUCAGUCCAUGAUCAUCAUGCACAACCUUUUUCUUCAGGAAGAGGCAUCUCAUCCAAUACAUUUUAUGGAAUUUCUCAACGAAAUUUAAAUUAUGGACAAAACCACGGCAUUGCAGAUGAUACGUCUUCAGGACAUACGCUGCGCAAUUUUAUAGGUCGUCAUAUUCCAAAGAAUGAUGAUUACACCCAGAACCCAUACGAUUAUCAGGAAGUAUUCGAUGACCCACACCAACUAAUACCUAGUUAUCACGAAUACUCAAUAACGAAUUCGCCGACACAUUCGUACUCACCAACAUCUAGUGAUUCUGUUGCAAUGCCUGAAUACUUUAUACCCAGAGGGGCAUCAUCAACAGUGCGUUCUGGUGGAUUAGGAUAUGGAAGUCACGCUAGUGAACAAGACGACACAAUUUUCUGUGAACCUCAGCAAAGAUUGCAAGAACCAAAAGUUAUUUCAAAUGAAAGCAAUAGGUACACUGUUGUUGGGCAUACGGUAGAAGGUCAACCAAUUUAUGCACUACAAUCAGUGAGAACGCAGGAACGUUCAAGAUUACAUCAGGGUUCGUUAUACCGUGUGAUGGAGAACAGUGUGCAACCUCGUUAUGUUUUUUUACGCCAGCAAGCUGGUCCUGCUCGUCGAUUGCAAAGAGAUAGUGGUGAUAUUAAUUCAUCUAAUGAAAAUUAUCGCGCUGUAGCGCGUGAAAUUGUUGCAAAAGCUCUUGAAGAUAAGCGUCAAAAGCAGCAGCUUUCACAGGAAUCGCAACCAUCCUCUUCAGGUGUCAGUACUGUUGCAGGGAAAACAAAGAAGAAAUCAGUGACACCAGAUGACGGAGAAAGUGAGAAAAUAAGCGGUUCAACAGUGGCUGCACAAGUUGCUGCUAUUCAACGCUUUAGUACACCACUUGGGUGGAAGCAGAUGGGAUCGUGGUUAAAAACUGCUGAGGCGAAUGAAGACUGGAGCCGUUUGAAAUUGUUACUGAGCCAAUGUUCACAGGCAAGUUAUUUUGCAUGACAUGAAACUGAAUUCUUUAGUGAAGCAAAUCUAACGCUGGAAUUGUUGCAGUCAAAUGAUACUCCGAAAUUUGUGCGUAAAUUGUCGAAAACUUGCCCUGAUCAAGAUGUACGCAAAAUAUCAGGUGAUUUGGUGAUACGGUGGAAACGCUUGGUGUCUGCACCAUCUCAUCAAAUACCUGAACAAUUGAAAAAAGUCGGUUCUGCAAAACGUAAAACACCUCAUCCGGCAUUUGGAGGUGCCAGCAAGACAAAAGUCAGGAAAGAUAAUCCGGAUUUUAUGAAAACUGUUGAGAGAGAAGCCGAAUCAGAUGGGGACAAGCAAAAAGAUGCUUCCGGAAAUAAAGUGGAAUCUAGUAAAAAGUCUCAAAACACUGAAAAUUGUGAAAAAUCAGAUGCUGCAUCUGCUAAGACUGAAAAACUUAUAAAGGCUUCAUCUUCCAAAAGUAAAGUAGAAAAAGCAGAAAAAUUAAGUGAAUCAACUAAAAUUGCAUCGAAUAAGCUUAAUGAAUUCAACAUGUUCGAGAAAUUGGGUGAGGAAAGGAAAGAAAAGAAACGACGUCCAAAAACGGCCAAAACUUACACUUCGAAAUUCCGUUCAACAGGAUUGGAAGGUGACGAUGAACUUGCAGCAGAUAAAAGUGACGCUAACAUGGUAGUGGGAUCUAAAAAGAAAGGAAGUUUGCCUAGUAAAGCGUUACUGGAUGCCAAAAAACGCACUGCUGUUCCAACAAAUAUGUCAAAAACAUUACCAGUCAGCGCUCCAGUCAGCGCUUCAGCUCCUAUCUCGUCCUUAUCGCUUACUGAUAAAAAACCUGCAUCAAGUACUCCAGCAAGAGUCAUGAUGAGCAACACAUUUAUGGAUGCUCUGAUGGAUCCGGGACAUAAGAAAGCACCUCAAAAGCAAGCGAAAAAACGAUCUGCGUUGAAUUUGAAACCAUCGACGUCCGUUAUACCGAGCGUUAUGGAAGGGUUAUAUAGCGAUACUUCAAAAUCACUUAAUAAAGAGAAACAAGAUGAGGGAUCAGUGGAUGAAAAAAAAGAAUUGGUGGUGGGAGAACCAAAUAUUGUACCGUUUGGUAAUAGAAAGAUACGUUUUGCUGAUGAAAACGGACAAGAACUUGUUGAAAUUCGAUAUUUUGAGGUAGAAGAGGGUGAAAGAUUGAAUGUUAGUAAAUUGUCAUCUGAAGACAUGAAACAUCUAGAAAUGCAACGUGAACGAACAUUUAUGAAAGAGCAACGCAGCCUCCACAUAACUGAAUUUGGCUUCAAUUCUGGUCGUUCAGAAGGAAUAACUCACAUUCCGUGGAAAUUGAUACCGCUUACGGAUGCUGUAUUUUUUGAGCGUCGAGGUUCGCAGAGUGAAGCGAAAAAAAUUGAAGAAGAGCGACAGAAGACUAUUAUGAUGCCAUUUUAUGAUCCUUCUUUGCCAGCUGAAUUGACGGAUGCUGAACCAGAAUUACUAACUGGUGCUAUAUUACCACCAACUGAAAUACCUCUAGAAUCUGAAGCCGAUGAUGAAGAUUUUAAUCAAGAUGUUGCUCAUUUCGCAAAUGCCGCUUCCCCUUCAGCAAGCCACAAUCAAAGUGACGCAAAGGAAAUAGAUGUUCAAAAAUUGAUGACUGAAUUGAAAAAGAAGGGCCUUGUUGGUUCAAGUUCAGAUUUAGCAAGCAUACUCAAUAAAGUAUCUUCAACUACUGCUACCAUUGCUGGUACAACAGCAACGUCAGUUCCUUCUGCAUCGCAAGCCACUAUAGCCACAACUCCAACAUAUGCUCAGUUAGCAACACAUUCUAAUGUUCCAAACAUUCCGAAUAUGUCAUUACCACCACCCCGUUUUGCCCACGGACUUCCGAUGCCACCUGUUUUGCCAGCCGGUCAAUAUAUACUUCCAGUCCAGCAGCAGCAACCACUUUUGAAUGGUCCUGUUCCGGCCGGAGUUACUCCAACUAUAGGCGUAGAUUUGACUACUCAGAGUGGUCCAUGUACAUCUGAAGCGCCAUCUUACGGUACUUAUGGCCGUCCUGGAGUCAAACAGUGCACAUUUUACCAGUCGGGUACGUGCAGUUACGGCGCACGGUGUAGAUUUGCGCAUGGUGAUGAGCCAACUGCAGGUACUCAAGGAUAUGGUUACAACGAUGAACGAGGGCGAAACUUUAGACGCGGUGGUCAGUCAUUUAGAGGUGGUGCACGUCGAGGUGGAGCAGAUAAUGGAUACAGACGUGGGCGUGGUGGCCCUUCAUUUGGUCGUAGAGGGUUUUAUAAUCGAGAAAGAGAUCGCGAAAGGGAACGGGAGUAUGAGUACGAUCGUCGUGCAUAUGAUCGUUAUGGAAGGCGACGCAGAAGAAGUUCGUCGAGAUCAAGAAGCAGGAGCCGAUCAAGGUCAAGAUCGCUAAGUCCAUUCGAAAGACGGCCAUAUUCACCUGAUCGUCGUAGACGUGGCAGCCCACGUGCCACACAUGAAUGCGAGCAGGAAGAACAUUUCGAGAGACGGUCAAGAAGCGACGAUCGAGAACGAAAUGAGCAGCAUGUUGCCGAUGUUGCAAAUCCGCUGACUGAUGUUAAACGGCAGCUGCAGGACAAUCAUUCUACAACAGAGGGGCAGUGUACUGUGGAGGAAAUUGAUUGUCUUAAAAGCAUGAAAUCAGUAGCAAGUGCAGAUCAACAGAAAUCACCACCUGAAGAUCCAAUACCUUCGAUGAAACCUGAGAGCGUUGAAUCAGUUUCUAUCGAUUCUCCUGCUAGUCCAACCUAA